AAUCACAAUCAAUCGAUGAUGAAAUAAAAAGCGAUGAGAUUUCUGUUGCUUGCUUCACUAUGCAAAUAUUUGUUGGUCAUUUUCUAACCAACUUUUCUCUAUACCGGACUGGGGCAGUAUUUUGCAAUAAUCUACAAAAAUGAGUAAUAUUGUGAUAGAAGGAAAAAGCAAGACUAAGUUCAUCACGAUGAACAAUGGUCUUAAGAUGCCAUUAGUAGGAUUGGGAUCAUGGCAGUCUGACAAUCCCGAAGAGAUUGAAUUGGCUUUGGAGAAAGCACUUGAAGCAGGAUAUCGUCACUUUGACACCGCCACGUUAUACAAAAAUGAAGACAGCUUGGGCAAAGUUUUCCGGAGAUGGCUUGAUCAAGGGAAAGUUAAACGCGAAGAGCUUUUCAUUGUGACAAAGCUCCCCUGGAACGCUAUGCGCCCUGAUCUGGUCGAAAAGUUUCUGAAAAGUUCUCUCGCACGAUUACAAGUAAAGUACGUCGAUUUAUACUUAACGCACUGGCCAAUCGGUCUCAUCUACACAAGCGACGACGACCUUAUUCCCAUGAAGGAUGGCAAAAUUAUGUACGAUAAAACCACAGAUAUCGAAGCCGUAUGGAAGGCGAUGGAAGCACAAGUUGACGCCGGCCUAGCAAAGUCGAUCGGUAUUUCAAAUUACAAUAUCAAACAGGUGGAGAGGAUCAUGAAAAUGGCUAGAAUUCCACCAGCUAAUCAACAAGUCGAAGUGCAAACUUAUUUCCAAAACAAGGCAUUACGUCAAGUUUGUGAAAAAUACAACAUUUCAGUGUGUGCGUACGGACCAUUGGGGUCACCGGGACGGAAGACCUAUAGUUUCACUGGAAUAGAAUUUAACAUCCCCGACCUGAUGGACGACCCAGUGGUGAAAGACAUUGCGAAGAAACAUAGCAAGACGCCAGGACAAAUCCUACUAAAAUUUCUUGUGCAACAAAACAUUGCAGUUAUUCCUAAAAGCACAAAUCCUGAAAGGCUGAAGAUGAACAUUAACAUAUUCGACUUUGAGCUAACACAAGUUGACAUGCGGAGACUGGAGGGACUCGACAAAGGGGAGGCUGGGAGAUCAUUUCCUGGAUUUACAGAUAUGAAGGAACACCCGGAAUGUCCUUGGUUUAUGGAGAAAGUUUCCACACCGAGGAGAUAAAUCCACUAUAAUUUGCAAGCAAUGUGAUAACAUAUUAUGCAUAUCCUCUGCAAAUGCAUCAGUUUUAUGAAUAAAAGCUGCUCAAUUAAAGUAACAUGUCAUAGAGCAACGUAUCAAUUAAGCAUGAUGAAUGACCCGUUAUUUGUUACACCUGCUAUGUAAACCAAAUGGAGUAAUAAAUAGUUAAGUGCCCGG